GGGGCUCUGGUGGAGGUAUUUCUGCCAUCUUAUUUGCGUGUCACAGAGACCCGGAGGAGGACUGGCACUGAUCUGCUCUGACACAAACAGGUUGAACAUCUGAGAAAACAUCAGCAGCAUGUCAAAAGGUGAGUAUUUGAUAAGAUUAAACAUGGAAGAAAAAACUAUUUCUUGGUAUGCAGUACUGAUAAAAGUGUGUGUGUGUGUUGUAGAUAUUAACAGAAGCGAGGUGCUUCAAAACAUCAGGGUGCGGUCUACAUUAAAAAUGGACGGCAGCUGGAUCCAAAGAUCAAAUGAUGCCAAGAAAGAACAAGACACAGCGGGAACGAACACAGAUGUGGAAACUAAACCUAUUCCAGCUAGGAGUUCACAAGUCCGGUUGGCAGCCAGGAGAUUUGAAGCAAUAGAUCCUCCACCAAGUUCUCCUCUUCAAAAGGCAGAGGUCAUUUCAUCUGAAGGGAAUUCAGCUAAUCAGGCAAGUGCUGAAAAUAUUUCAGCUCCGAAAGACACUCGGCCUGAAGGCUCAACAGUGAAGAUAGAGCCUCAACCCCCCACAAAAGCACCUAUUCAAAAUAUUAAUGCACAGCCAGAAAAGACAUUUACUGAAGCAACUGCAGAAAACACGGAACAACAUGCUGAUGCACCAGCUGACACCUGUCACAAUGAGGAUAAGGCCUCCGCAGAUGCUGAUGUGAAAAAUCCCCCUGCAGAAAUCUCUGCUGCGGAAGGCACAGCGAGAGAGAGUAGUGAGAGUAAAAGCACCGCUGGAGUCUCUGGAGAAUCUGUAAUCAAAACAGAACCGCCAAAUACAACUAAUUUAGAGCACGCAGGAGUAAACAUGUAUGGACCACCUGCUUUGGCAACAUCGGGAAAAGAAGCUUCUCUCCAAGGCGGUGUGGAAACACCCGCUGUAAGUGAUGCAACACCAGAAGAAGAAACUGCUCUACAAAACAGCACCAUAUCAGUCACCGACACUCUGCCUGCACCAUCUAGUCAAUCCGAUGCUGACACUGCCAAGGGUGUGGAGUUUAAAGUCGAGUGUGCACCACCCUCUGAGCCGGAUUUUAAGAGCGGAACUGAAGAGGCGGUUGAGCGCGAAGAUGAAGGCACUGUUGUUGAACAAAGUUUUGAUCCAACACCUAAGACAGCAGCAGACUGUGACAAAGAGUUGAACAUUGAAGAUGCCCUUGACCAAGUAGCUGCUUCAGAUGCAGAAGGUGUUUUGGAUAACACAGAGCACGCAGCUAUUAGACUGACUGAUGCUUCAGAUGUGGAGACGGCCAAGGCUGAAGCUGUUCCUAAACCUGUGGAAGAUCCAAGACAACCCCACUCUGAGGACUUCAAACCAAACCAAAAGUGUGAUGAUAGCCAUAUUUCUGAUGUGUCUCAAAAGCCUGCAGAGGACAUAAACUCAACAAAAACUCUGAAUAAGCCCAUUCAUGGCAAAUCUCCUUGUUACUUCUGCAACCAAAUCAUUAAUGGAAAUGUCAAGAUCAUGUUCAGUGAGCCCUCGAUAAACUGCCACCCAGACUGUUUAAAGUGCGGGGUUUGUGCUAGGGCCCUUGGAGAUAUGCUGGCCCCCAUGUUUUUGAAGGACCAAGUGAUCCAGUGUGGAGUGUGUUUUUCAAAAGCGGUUAAGAAAUGAUGCCUAUUUGGGACAAAUAUGUUUCCAGAAAAUAGUCCAAGCAUACCUUGAUGAAUGUGCUGUCUAUUAUUUCCCAUAACUUCCCUAUCGACUUCUUCUUUCUUUCUUUUUCUGUCACAACUGUAUCCAGUAAAAGGGCAGUAUAUUGUUAUGAUUAAUGAUUCUGCAAUGAAAAGGAUAAAUUAAAAAUACAGCAAAAAAAAAAAAAAAAAUACCAGCAAUGCAACUGUAUAUGGCUAGAAUAAAAUUCCACGCAUCAGAUUUAAA